AUGCGACCCUCCAAUAAAAAUCUCCACAACUCCACCUUUCAAUUCACCAAAAUGAGCCGUUUCUUCCGUUUUGGCGCCACCUCAGCCCGCCAUGUCAAGAAUGCCUCGUUCCCCAUUCUUCAGGCCUCUAUUCUCCCCAGAAACGCUGUUUUGGUGGCAGGACUUGUUGGUGCUUCAGCAUUCACAUACUAUGCAUUCGAUGCUAGAGCCGGCUUCCACGAAUACGUGCUUUGCCCCGUACUCAGAGCCACUCUAGACGCCGAAACGGCCCACAAACUCGGCAUUGAACUCAUGAAGUAUGGAGUUGCGCCUAAAUUGCGCGGUGAAGACAAGAAGUUGGAGCUGGAGCUCGAACCACUUCUUGGAGUGUCUGUGUUUGGCAAGAAAUUGAAGUCGCCCAUUGGUUUGGCUGCUGGUCUUGACAAGAAUGGUGAAGCCAUCGAUGCUUUGUUUGAUACGGGUUUCUCCUAUGUGGAAAUUGGCUCCAUUACCCCAGAACCUCAACCUGGAAACCCCAAACCUAGAUUCUUCAGAUUGCCUAGAGACGAUGCAGUUAUCAACCGUUACGGAUUCAACUCCGAUGGUCACAUGAGUGUAUUAGCCACCUUGAAGAGCAGAUUCUGGUCGUAUGUCACGGCUGCUACCAAGAAGGAUGGCCAACUUUCAAACUCUUUCAGAGAUGGUAAGCUUUUGGCCAUCAACUUGGGCAAAAACAAAACCGGUGAUGAAGUGGAAGACUACGUAAAGGGUGUCAGACGCCUUGGACCAUAUGCUGAUGUGUUAGUGAUCAACGUUUCGUCUCCAAACACUCCAGGCUUGCGUGAUCUUCAGAGUGAAGAGAAACUCACCAACUUGUUGACCACUGUGGUCGGAGAACGUGACAGAUGCGGUAACAAUCAGCUCGGAAAACUUCCUCCAGUGCUUGUCAAGGUUGCACCAGACUUGACCGAGCCAGAGAUCGAGUCCAUCGCCAACUCGGCCAAGACUGCUAAGGUGGACGGAAUCAUCAUCUCCAACACCACCAUCCAGAGACCCAAGGGUCUUUUGACAACUGAUGCUUCUUUGGUGUCGCAGACGGGUGGUUUGUCAGGAAAGCCUUUGAAGCCAUUGUCAUUGCAGGCAUUAAGAACGUUGAGGAAGUACACCAAGGACUCCAACUUAGUAUUGGUGGGAUGUGGAGGUAUUUCUUCUGGACAAGAUGCGUUAGAGUUCGGUAAGGCUGGUGCUACUUUUGUUGAGAUUUAUACCGCUUAUGCUUAUAAGGGCCCAGGCUUGCCAGCCAAGGUUAGAGACGAAUUAGCAGUGUUGUUGAAAAAGGAGGGUAAGACUUGGGAACAGAUCGUUGGUCUGGACGACAAGUAG